GCCACGAAUGGGAGCUCUCUGCUGGUGCAGCUCUCCUUGGAGCCACCGAGUAUGGACUGAAACCUCCACUAACUGUCUUACACCAUGGAAGUAACCCAUAAGCCCCACUCCAGGCACAGGACAAAGCACAGUGUGCCCUUUUCCCAGGGACCCUAGAACACCUACCAUGAACCAAGAAGCAAGGACAGUCGCUCAUGGACUCUGACAACCUCCAUCUGAGCCAUGAGAAUCUGUGUGGCUGGCUAGUGAGGCUGCUCAGCACAAAGCAGGAAUGGCUGAGAGGCAAGAUGAAGUUCUUCCUCCCUGAUGUGGAUCUGGCCUCGAGUGAUGAUCCAGGCCCUGAGCAGAGCGUCAUCCGGCAGCUGCGGGCGCUACAGGCCCAGGGGCGUACCGCCUGGCAGACAUUCAUCCACUGCGUGUGCAUGGAGCUGGAGGUGCCUCUGGAGCUGGACGUGCUACUACUGAGCACCUGGGGCCAGGACGAUGAGCUCCCCAGGUUGCUAGAAGCUGAAGAGGAGAACCAGCCUAAACCUCAGCUCCACCAUGAGCUCAAGCGUCCCUGUCAGAGUUGUGAAUUCUCACCCCACAAGAAGCACUGCAGAAAACACCAGCAAGAGUUGGCCCAGAGGUACCUGCAGCUCCUGAGGACCUCUGCCCUCAAGCACUAUGAUGAUGGAUUCCCUGGGCCAAGGAAGGUCUAUGUUCCCCCAAUCCUGCAAUGGAACAGGGCCACAGUGCCCUUAGACACUCAGGAGGGGGCCAUGAUGGGGGACCCCAAGACAGAAGAUGGCAGUGAUGUGAGCCUCCAGGACCUUUUCAACUUCAAGACCCCCAAGAGCUCACGGGUGACAGUUCUUCUGGGGAAGACAGGCAUGGGUAAGACCACACUGGCCCGGCGGCUCUGCCACAGGUGGGCUGGCGGGCAUCUGGACCACGUCCAGGCCCUGUUUUUUUUUGAAUUCCGCCAGCUCAACUUGAUCACACAUCUGCUGACAUUGCCUGAGCUCCUUUUUGAUCUGCACUUGAAGCCAGAGUCAGGCCCUGAGGCCGUCUUCCAGUACCUGGAGGAAAACGCCAGCCAAGUUCUGCUGAUAUUUGAUGGGCUAGACGAGGCCCUCCACCCCAGUGCCAGCAUGGAGACUGUGGGGUCCAAUGGUUCUGGCCCUGUCCUCACCCUCUUCUCCAGCCUCUGCCGUGGGACCCUCCUGCCGGGCUGCUGGGUGAUGGCCACCUCUCGACCUGGAAAGCUGCCCGCCUACCUGCCCACAGAGGCAGCCAUGGUCCACAUAUGGGGCUUUGACCAGCUGAAGGUGGAGGAGUAUGUGAACCACUACUUCAGUGACCAGCCACCUCAGGAGAUGGCCCUCACAGAAUUGCUGGCAAAUAGACAUCUCUGGAGCAUGUGUGUGGUGCCAGCGCUGUGCAAACUUGUUUGCCUCUGCCUGCACCAUCUGCUCUCCACACGCCUCCCAGACCAGUCCGCAGCCUCCCUUCUGCCCACUGUGACCCAACUGUACAUACAGAUGCUUCUUACCUGCAGCCCUCUUCCUGCCACAUCCCUGGUAGGCCUUGGAAAGGUGGCCCUGAGUGGCCUGGAGAGUAGGAAGGUCAUCUUCUAUGACAGAGACAUCUCCCCUCCCCUGAUGGCCUUUGGGGCUACUCACAACCUGCUGACCUCCUUCUGCAUCCGCACAAGCCCUGGGCACCAGGAAAAAGGCUAUGCCUUUGCCCACUUCAGCCUGCAGGAGUUUUUUGCUGCUCUGUACCUGAUGACCAGCCCCACAGUGGACAAGAACACACUUGCCCGCCAUGUCAUCCUCAGGUCCCACUGGGUGCUUCGGACCGAAGCUAGACUGAGCCUCGAGGACUACCUUCCCACCUUCCUGGCAGGACUGGCAUCCCACAGCUGCCGUCUUUUCCUCAGCCAGGUGGCCCAACAGGAUGAGACAUGGGUGGGCACCAGGCAAGCUGCUGUUGUACAGCUGUUGAAGAAGUUGGCCGCCCGCAAAGUCAGGGGCCCAAAGGUGAUAGAGCUGUGUCGCUGUGUGGCUGAGACUCAGGAUCCUGAGCUGGCCAGCCUCACUGCCCAGAGCCUCCCUUACCAACUGUCCUUCCACAAUUUCCCACUGAACUAUGCAGACAUGACCACCUUGACCAGUGUUCUGGAACACAGGACCAGUCCCAUCCACCUGGAAUUUGAGGGCUGCCCGCUGGAGCCCCACUGCCCUGAGGCUCUGGCAGGCUGUGGGCAGGUGGAGGUUCUUAGCUUUAAGAGCAGGAAGUGUGGGGACACCUUUGCAGAAGUCCUCUCCAGGAGCUUGCCGAACAUGGGGAGCCUGAAGAAGCUGGGGCUAGCAAGAAGCAAGAUCACUGCCCGAGGCAUCAGCCACCUGAUGCAGGCUUUGCCCCUCUGCCCUCAGCUGGAGGAGGUCAGUUUGCAGGACAACCAGCUCAAGGAUCAGGAGGUGCUGAGCAUUGUGAAGGUACUGCCCAGCCUUCCUCAGCUCCAGAAGCUUGACCUGAGCCACAGCAACUUCUCCAUAUCGACCCUGUUCCUCUUGGUGAAGAUGGCAGUCACAUGCCCUACUGUCAGGACCCUGCAGGUCAAGAAGGCGGAACUCAUCUUCCUUCUUUCCCCAUCCACAGAGAUGGCUGCAGAUCUACAAAGAGCUCCAGACCUACCAGAGAAAGACAGCCAGAGGAAGGAGACCAAGAACAGAACUCUGGUCCUCAGGCUCCAGAAAUGUCAGCUCAGGGUCCACAAUGCAGAGGACCUCAUAGGCCUGCUCCGCAAAGGCCCCCCGCUGGAGGAAGUGGACCUCUCAGGGAACCAGCUGGAAGAUGAAGGCUGUCGACUCCUGGCGGAGGCUGCGUCUCAUCUGCACAUCACUGGGAAGCUGGACCUCAGCAACAACGAGCUCUCUGCAGAUGGGGUGCCCCACGUGCUAAGGGCUAUGAACACGUGCAGGAGCCUGACAGAGCUGCACAUCAGCCUAUUGCAGAAAACAGUGGUCUUCACGUUUGCCCAGGAGACAGAGGAGCAGCAGGGGACCCAGGAAAGGCCUGCUUUUCUCGACAACCUCACAUCCUUGACAGCCUCUGAGCCACCCCGAGGGAUCAGGCUGACACAUUGCGGCUUCCAGGCCAAGCACCUAGAGAAGCUCUGUAAAGCUCUGGAAGGAAACUGCCACCUCUCCCGCCUUGGUCACCUCGACUUCUCGGGCAACGCUCUAAGGGAUGAAGGGGCCGCGCUGCUGACCCAGCUGCUCCCAGGGCUGGGGCCCCUGCAGUCCUUGAACCUCAGUGAGAAUGACUUAUCUCUGGAUGCCGUGUUCUGUUUGACCCAGUGCCUGUCCACCCUGCAGUGGGUUUGCCAUCUGGAAGUCAGCUUUGAGAGCCAGCACAUCCUGCUGAGAGGUGACAAGACAGGCAGGGCCAAGCUGGCUGGUGGGUCUUUGCCAGGACUCCCAGUGGGAGCUCAGUUUUUGGGAUUCCAUCAGCACUGCCUCCGCAGGAGCUUCUGCCUCCAGGAGUGUCAGCUGGGGCCACCAAGCCUCAUCCGCCUCUGCACAGCUCUGGAGGAAUGGCCGGGGCCACUAGAAGUCCAAUUGUCCUGCAAGGCCCUGAGUGACCAGAGCCUGGAGACCCUGCUGCACUGCUUGCCCCGGAUGCCCCAGCUAAGCCUGCUGCAACUGAGCCAGACAAGUCUGCCCCUGAAAAGCCCUUUCCUGCUGGCUGGCAUCAUCGGCCAGUGCCCACGGGUCCAGAAGGUGGAUCUCAGGUCCCUGCAGCAUGCCACACUGCACUUCAGGUCCAGCAAGGAGCAGGAAGGUGUGUGUUGUGGGUUCACGGGCUGCAGCCUCCGCCAGGAGCACGUGGAGUCACUGUGCCAGGCACUGAGCAAGUGUGAUGGCCUCUGCCAGCUGGACCUAACAGCCAACCUGCUGGGUGACGACGGGCUCAGGUGCCUUCUAGACCAUUUGUCACAGAUGUCUAUCUCUGGCUUGCUUAAUUUGAGUCACAACAGCAUCUCUCAGGAAGGUGUCCUGCACCUGCUGGGGACUCUGCCUUCCUGUCCACAUAUCCAGGAGGCCUCGGUGAACCUGGGCUCCACGCAGAACUUCUGGGUUCACUUCUCCAAGCGGGAGGAGGCUGGGAUGAGCCUGAGGCUGAGUGAGUGCAGCUUCGGGCCAGAGCACGUGCCCAGACUGGCCAGCAGCAUCAGCCAGGCCCUCCAGCUGACAGAGCUCGUGCUGACCCGGUGUGGCUUGAGUCUGAAGCAGCUGGCCAUCCUUCUGAGCAUGGUGAGGCGGCCAUCAGGUCUCCUGCACCUCAGGGUGAAGGAGCCAUGGGUUGGCGAAGCCGGGGUGCCUGCCGUGCUGGACAUCUGUGCCCAGGCCUUGGGCAACAUCACCAUCAUAGGCAUCUCUGAGACCCAGCAGCAGCUCAGCAUACAGCUGGAAUUUCCUCAUCAAGAAGAAAACCCAGAGACCAUGGCCCUCAGGCUGGCUAACUGUGACCACAGCCUCGUCAGGCAGCUGAUGGAGACAUGCGCCAGGCUGCAGCAGCUCAGCCUGUCUCAGGUAAACCUCUGCGAUGGCAGCAGUGCUACCUCCCUCCUGCUGCAGCGCCUCCUGCUGUCCCUCUGUGAGCUGAAGACCUUCCGGCUGACCUCCAGCUGUGUGAGCACCCAGGCCCUCACUCACCUGGCAGCUGGACUGGGCCACCUCCACCACUUGGAGGAGCUGGACUUCUCUAACAAUCAAGUCGGUGAGCAGAGCACUGAAGCACUGGUUGAGGUCCUCAAGGGGAAAUUCAGGCUGAAGAGCCUCCACCUCAGUCAGCUUCCGCUGGGCGGCUCCACGCUGGUCACACUCUCUCAGGGACUCAGCCACAUGAGCUUCCUCCAGCACCUCUGCCUCAGUCACAACCAGAUUGGAGAUGCCGGUGCCCAGCACUUAGCUGCUAUCCUGCCGAGGCUGCCCAGGCUCAGGAAAAUAGACCUCUCAGCAAAUGGCAUCAGCACGGCUGGUGGACUGAAGCUGGCAGAGUCUCUCACUCUUUGCAGGUACCUAGAGGACAUGAGGAUUGGUCACAAUGCCUUGGAGGAUCACACAGCACUGAGACUGGCUCAGGGGCUGCCUGAGCAUCUAAAAGUCCUACACCUGCAGUCUAGCCAUCUGGGCCCGGAGGGGGCACUAAGCCUGGGUCAGGCCCUGGAUGGAUGCCCACAUGUGGAAGAUAUCAGCUUGGCAGAGAAUAAGCUAGCCAGAGGGGUCCCACACUUCUGCAAGGGGCUUCCGCUGCUCAGACGGAUGGACCUGGGUUCCUGCAAAAUUGACAACCAGACUGCCAAAAGCCUUGCUGUCAGCUUUGUGCUCUGCCCAGCCCUGGAGGAAAUCUUGCUGUCCUGGAAUCUCCUCGGAGAUGAAGCAGCUGCCGAGCUGGCCCAGGUUCUGCCCCGGAUGAGGCAGCUGAAGAGAGUGGACCUGGAGAAGAAUCGGAUCACAGCUGCAGGAGCCUGGCUCCUGGCUAAAGGGCUGGCCCAGGGGUCAAGUGUCCCUGUCAUCCGCCUCUGGAACAACCAUGUCCCCCCUGCCAUGGCCAAGCAUCUGCAGAGCCAGGAGCCCAGGCUGGACUUCACCUUCUUUGACAACCAGCCCCAGGCCUCUUGGGGUAAUUGAUGGCCUCCUCAGGACCCUGGGAACCCAGCCAAGUGAUGCCAAGCAGGAGACAGGGCUCAGGAAAAGAUCCUCAGCUGGUUCUCUGCACCUGCCUCAGAAAGCGGGAGUCAUGUCCAUCCUGCUGUGGUCCAGGGAGGACCAUUUUGGGGACUGAGCACUUGGUAUGGAAAAAGGGGUACCCUGCAUCAUGCAUGCCACGUGUGGCCCGUGAAAAUGUGUGGCAUGGUGAUAGUGCCAUGAUACAGUGUGCAACAUCGAAGGUCAUCCGUGGCAGAGUGUCUGACCUCUCGACCUGUGUCAUUACAUGGAACUGCAGUGUGACACAUGGCGAGUGGCAUGAAUUUUAGCACUACACGUGGCAGGCCACAUGAUUGUUCAUCUACAUAUGACACAAGUGUCCGUGUCACAUGGUAUGUGGCUUGCCAGAUGACCUCAGGCAAGCUUGAAAGCUAAUUUAUUACUAUUUUUAAAGAAAAUAUGUAUUUAUAGAUGAAUUUCCAGAGCAGCUGAUCCAGGGAGCGUUUUCUACCCUGAACUGAGAGGGGGAGAAUGUCUAAGUACUGUCUGGCCCAUGUCUGGGGCCAUGCUGGAAACUCAGCCAUGAAGUCUCCACCUCUCUCAAACUUCAGUUUCCCCAUGUGUACACUGAGUAAUUUCCUGUUCAUUGCUAGAUUCCAGGACUUUUGGUCUCAGGCUCAGGUAGAGCCAGCCUGACCCUGAGAAAGAUGGAGUCCAUUCUGUCUUAUGUAAGGGACAGGUUCAUGUUCCUAAGUCAACGGUGAUUACGCAAAGCUGUUGGGUCCAUCUACUACCUCAGUGGGGAUCCAGGGCUCCGCAUGUUUACAGUGUCCUUGUGCUCUUCCAAGAGGGAACGCAGAAGGCCCCGCUGCACUCCAGGCAGUCUGAUCAAUAAAUAUGGAUG